AUGGCGGGAGAGGAGGGACCCCAACCCAGGCAGACCGACCCAUACUCACUGCUCACUGCUCCACAGGAUGACCGCAGCUCUGCAGCCUCUGGUCUGGACGUGGCAGACAGACUCACGUAUCUGGAGCAGAGGAUGCAGAUGCAGGAGGACGAGAUCCAGCUGCUGAAGAUGGCUCUGGCCGAUGUUCUGAAGAGACUGAACCUGAAUGAGGAGCACCAGGCCUCUACUGCAGCGGGGAGGAGGGCUGGAGGCAAAGCAGCCAGGCCCGUGUCUCUGGCGCUUCCCUCCAGACCCGCCGCCCUCAAGAAGAGCUGCACGGUGCCCUCUAGCGGCGCAGCGAGGACCUACAGCCCCACGCCGUCUUCCAGUAGUGUGAAGAGUCCUCCAGGCAGCGUGAAGGACAGUCCCUCUAAAACCAAAACACGGACCUCCUCUUCCUCCUCCGCUGCAUCUGCCUCCAAGAAACCGGACCAGGACAGCACUAAACCCAAAGAGGCCGCAGUAACUCUCGGGACCAGACGCGUCACGCACUGCAAAGUGACUAUGCAGAUCUAUCUGAGCCCCCUCGCAAAAAGGACUGGGUCUUCUGAAGUUGCCAAAACUGCUGCCACGGUAACGACCAAAACGAAGCCCCCUGCGACCAACAACGCGCCAAAUCUGUCCAAAGGGAAAACCGGGACAGGAAACUCCAACCACAGCACGAAAACAGAGAAGAAGUUCACUUUAAACCUGCAGAAGACUAGUACUAGUGUUAACAACUCGGCGCCUCAAGAAACAAGCAGCUACCACAGCCCUGUCAAGUCUCCCAGUCAGUAUUUUCAGAUCUGCUACUGAGAGACUAAAAGGAGAGGAUAAAAUAUGAAGAAAAUGGAAAUGAUUCUAUGUUGUGACCUUGCUGGAGCAAAUAAGACUAAGAGCACUGCAAAAAUACAAAAAUGACUUUAAUUCAGAAUCUUGAUUUGAAUUUACUUAAAUAUGAUCAAUUUUAUGUCAUUUGAUAUUGAGGGCAAAGAAGAUAGCAUAAAUAGAUUUUUUUUUCUAUGUUCUGGCCAUGUCAAACCUUAAACUAAAACUCCAAAGUGUUGCAAAAAAUGCAAAUUUAAUUCAGAGUCUUGAUUUGAAUUCAGAAUCUUGAUUUGAAUUAACAAGAUUAAUUUGCUUAUCAGGCUGUUGACAUUGGACUUAUUUCUAGAUACUGAGAGAAAUGAGAGGAGGAGAGAAGAUAAUGUGUAAAGAAAAUGGAGAUUAUUCUGUUCUGGCUUUGUCAAAGUGUAAACAAAAACACAAAAAAUAACAACAGCAACAAAAAGCACUGCAAAAAAAAAAAAAAAAUCUGCUUGAGUUCAAAUUACUUUAACUCAAGUACAUAAACUCAGAAUUUUUGAUUUGAUUUGAACUGACUUAACAAGAUUUUUUGAUAAUAAAAGAAACCUUCUGAAUACCACCAACUGAAAAAGUAACUGUACCAGAAUACAGUUACUCAAAAUUAGUAUUCAGAAUACACAUUCUCAGUACAUGUAUUCAGUUACUCCAAAACACUGGUUAUUGGACACAGAUAAUUUCAAGAUAUGUUUGAUUUGUGCAUUCCCCUUAACUCCACUGGUCAUUUUGAAACAGUCACACUAUGUAAUACUAAAUGAACUGAAUCUUGUCAUAAUUAUUCAAAUACAUACAGUAUGUAUCAAUAACAAUUACAAUGUAAUGCUGUGUGUUCUCUUACAAAUCAGUGUAAGAGAACACACUGCAGAUUCUGUUACACAUCAGUACAUGUUUGAAUGGUUGUGCCUCAUCGGUUGAAUGUCAUGUUGAAAUGUCCCUAACACUGAUCCUCCGCUUUGCUGGCAAAGUGGGUCUGGUAUUUCUCUCACUGAAAAUGAAAAGUGUUUUCAUGUAGACCUAUUUAUCUAAUAUGAUGUGGUCUGAUUGAAUGCUUUUAAAGAGGCAGUUUAAUGUGAAUGUUGUUUAUGUUUUGGUCUUAUUGUAUUUAUUGUUUCAACUUGACUAAAUCUCUUAUAGAAUGGCAAUAAAUGUGAAGGCGUGGCCUAACUGUGCUGUUGUGUUAUAGUUCAUACACUGAAUCCACUGAAUUGCUCUGAUAUUGCAGCUUAAGCAGCAUUUUGGAUUUUUUGUUUGUUAUGGAGCUUAGACGUGUGAUGUGGUAUUUCCUGUUUUUCUUGUUUAGUUUUGUGUGUGUUUUUCUUCGACUUGUGUGUUCUGUUUUAUUUUGGUGCAAAAGUGUUUUAUUUC